CGGCCGGCGAUGCGGGUUGUCGGGUAUCAAGAUCAGUGCCCACUUGCUUUUGGUAGAGAAUGCAAGGGUUUGAAAGGCCAUUCUCAUCAUACCAUCAUGCCCUUCAAAUGCAUUCGGUUCUUCGCGAGAUCCGAAGCCCCUCGAAACGUCAGGUUUCCCGAUCGGCCCGAUCUUAUCUUCUCUGAUUGUGAGCAGGACUCACCGGGGCCACCACAAGAAGAUGAUAUCAGGACAAAUCUCACUAUCGUACAUACCGCAGCGGAGCCAGAGAUUGACCUUGUCGCCGUGCAUGGAUGGAAGGGCCACCCGCAAGCCUCUUGGACAAGUGCGUCGGGCGUCAAUUGGCUGAGAGACAUGCUUGCUCAAGACAUGCCAAAGCUGAAUAUUCAUUCAUGGGGAUAUAGCUCCCCGGACUCGAGCUGCGCUGGCAGAGAACCUUCGAUGCAGGCACUAUCGCAGAAACUCGUUAGUGAUCUGUGGCAACACAGAGAGAACUCGAAAACUCAUGAGCUUCCACUUGUAUUCAUUGCCCAUAGCGCAGGAGGGUCGAUUGUCAAGGGUGCAUUGCUCUAUUCCGCCUCCCACCCGGAUGAAAAGUUUCACGGGGUGAAGAGGUCCACUUGUGGAGUCCUCUAUAUGGGUACCCCGGAAUUGGAUGCCAGACUCGAGGGCUUGGCGAGCUACUUGGCCAUUAGUGGCGGGGCUCAUGCAGCGGAUGAUGCUUACUUCAAGGAGGCGUCUUGGUUACUUCAUACCCUGCGGGGGUAUGAGGGAAUCAGUCAGGAUUUUCGGACAGUCUAUGGCCACGAGCAAGGCGCAAAUUCUGUACAAACGCAUGUUGAGGGGACACGAACUGCUCGACACAUAUAUCUCAACACAACGCAUGACGAGAUGAACAAAUAUGACUCGGCUCUUGAUCCGGGAUACGAAAAUGUCAGAGAGAGUGUUAUAUGGAUUGCACAGGGUAUUCGGAAGGAUGAAUUGCCUUCUUGAAGAUGGUUGAGGUGGCGACUUGUAUGGGGAUCUAGCAGGACGGUGUCUUGCUCGAGUAGAACUCGCAGUUGUGAGGGGUGUCGAGUAAUGACCACAGUAUAGAGCUACAUUUCGCACUUUAUCUACAGUGGG